AUGUCGUCACGAGCCGACCACCCUCCCGUGCGGGAUUCAGAGUAUCCGGCGGAUGAACAACAUCAUGGCAUAUUCGAAGAUAGACAAUCACCCUAUCAACGUUCCAAUGGUGGCUCAUUCCGGCGACGAGCUAUCCCACCGAGCGACAGCCGAGCGAGUGGAGAUCUGGAAGGGAGUACACUAGGCAGCAGUUCUCGUGAUGGUGAUCGAAGAACCCCGAACCAGCGCAGAACGCAGAGCUCGGGUGGCUUCUUAUUAGAUUCACUUCCUCGGUCUAAUAGUGUCAGGAUCAGUUCGCACCACUCGGGCCCAUCAGACGCGCCCAUCGAAACCCGAAAUACCCCCGAUUCUGGUCUUGUGGUGCCUAAGAAGCGAUCGCGAUUUCCAUGGAAUCGCCAUAAGAAUUCGGCCUCUGAGUCAGCUGCUGCCACAGCAAAUACAUCGACAUUGACACACCAGACCUCCACUAUACCUCCGGAUGAUCAACAUUCCCAACCAUCUUCAACGACCGAGCCACCAGCGCAUGAUACACCGCAGACUACCACGACACUCGAUAGGGAUUCCUUACAAAUUGUGAACUUGGCUUUAAAUCUGAAUGAAUCUCGAAGGAGAAAUGCUUCCGGAUUGCCUUUGGGAUCUAACGGACAUAGGCCGUUAUCCGUUUCUCAACCUAUUGCGGCACCUGUGGACCUGCACGGUCCAUCUUCCAAAGGAAGUCGCGCAUCGUACGAUUUGUCGCAUCGCAAUUACACCCAACUUACAGACGAUGGGCCUGGGGCCUCAAGGCUUGGUAGCAGUUCCCCGGUUGUUGAUUUCCUACCAGCUGCUAUGGUGAAUGACAAUCGGGCCUAUGAGUUUUCUGACAGCACUCUUACUCGAGCAGAAAGGGCCCGUCAGCACUUUGAUCUCUUUCACGAAUACUUACGACUUUUGCCUUUGCUACCUCCUCUUCGAAAUGGACCACUCGCAGGAGAUGGCGAAUCGACGUCUAUAUCGGGUCCCAGCUCGAUAUCUAAUCGUGGGUACAAUCCCUUGCAAACGAUUCGGAACCGAAAAAUUAGAUAUCGAGAGAAGUGUCCCAUUCAUGCGGAAGCAGAUGGUUGGGAUGACCCUGCGAAGGUCCAUGAUUGGAUAAGCACUAUCGAGGAACAGUAUAAGCGCAAGGCCUACGAAGAAACACAAUGUAUCAAGCUUCCUGGGUUCUCACGAGGCCACUCGCAAAUGUCUCAGGGGGAUCCUGAUGAUCUGGAUGCGUUGACCGCCUCGCCUCCACCGAGCUUGAGGCGAGUGAGCCGCACAAACAGCGUGAAAGCACCUCGGUUACGACAUGACUGGAAGAUCUCCCCCGCUGAGCUUAUAGCCGAUGUCGCUUGGGUCGAGGAGGUAUCAAACAAAGCCAAGAUUGUCGACAAGGAUAGCAACAAGAUAUACUCAGAUCCAGCAGAACUUGUUUUGGUAAAAACUGAUGCCGAACUUGCUGCUGCGCAGAAAGAACACUUGUCCAUUGAUAUGGAAAAUUCAGCAGACGGUGGAAUUUCUUCUAGGCAUACCUCCAUGUCGAGCACCCAUCCUGCGCGUGCUCCCGAAUUCAAGAGUCUUAAUCGGGGCCGCCAUAGACAAGGGUUACAGGGCCAUACCCAAAGUUUGCGAAGCCGUAGCGCUUCUAGCUCCGGGAAGCGCUCGCGUUGGGACAAGAUGAAAAUGCGUUCGGGUAGUAUUUCCAGUGAUUCUAGUGCAGAAGGUCGCAGGUCAGUAGAUCGGAAACAUCCGAUCUUGGAGCAUUCCCGAAGGGACCUGGAAAAGUUGCUACACAGGAGUCUGGUAGACUCGUCUGAAUCCCAAUUAUCAGGCAGGAAAUCCUCCACGGCCGGAGCGGAGCGUCAGAAUCAGUCUAGACCCCAGGCAGUGGGUGCGAAAACGAAUUAUGCCGCGAAAAGGACAUCGCUUUCGUCGGUUGGAAGCGUGGAGGAUCGAUUAAACACAAGAAUGUCUCUGGAAGGAAUGGACAGUUCGGUCCCCAAUUCUCCUGUCCAACCUACAAGUUACUUCCCCAGCAUCGCUGUCAAUCUGUCUCCACCUUCUAGUCGGUCUCCCUCGCCUGUCAAAAGAGGCCUUCGUCAAAAGAUUGUCGCGCGCCAUGAACGAAGCAAGAGCAAACAAGGUGAUCGGGAGCUUCGAGGACACGAAGGUGAGAAUUCUCACGUUGACGGCGCGUCUUCUAAUACCUUGCCGCCUCCAUCUGAGAAAGCCGAAGCGACCUCGAAGCUCCAGCCGAGCCCCCUUCCCGAUGUUGUGCCAUCGUCUUUCAACGACGAUAGCAUGAUCGAGGUCAAUCGGGUAGAUACUUCGAAAAGCCGAAAGGCCCAAUACCCUCCCGAGUCCAAGCUUCGUGGAAUCCUUAAGGGGCCAGGUCGCAUAGCAGAGAUCGUUGGAAAUGAAGUCUCCAAGGUUGGAGAUCUGAUUUUGAAGAAAGACAUACCCCCUCCCGAUUCUCGAAAAUCUUCUUCUGCAACCACGGUCGCGUCAGAGUCAAGUGAUUCGGAAGAAGAUGAGAAAAGAUCGGAUAAGCGGAAAAGUCGUCUUCGGCGCCUCCCAACGCUCACAGACGAACCUGGGCGCCUUACUCGUCGCGAUUCGGACAAGGGAACCCCUUCUAGAAGCUUCAAACCAACAUUACCAAGUUUCACGUCCCCGCUGCGACAAGAUGAAAGAAGUGGAUCGAGCGAAGCAUUCGAUUUUGGCAGUCCCAAAGAGCGUGUCUCUGUGUCACGAGAUAGCCCUAGAAUAACGGGGUUGUCUCGAAGCAAAACUUAUGACUUUGGCCCUGCUUUGAGCACAAAUCGUGGUCGAACGAAGGCACAUGAAAUUAAAGAUCUGUCGGUACCCUUUAGUCUCACUCGCCCCCCUGUCACUGGUCUGGCCCAAGCUUCGCCCGGCUCCCCAAUCCGGCAAAGGCCUCCUCUCUCGGGAUCCACCCGUGCUUGGAGUAUUUCAGGCCGCAGUCUUCAAACCUUGAACGAUUACGGAAUCCCGGGCAAGGUGGAAGUUGAACGAACUCGAACCCUUCUUCUAUCAUCUGGUAUUAAAGCCCGAGAGAUCGCACGUCGAGCGCAUAGCGUGCGUGAGCCACCGCCUCACUGGCUCCAAAGCUCCAUGGGCUCUACUGCAUCUAUCCCCAGAGUAAGCAGGAUUGGUGAAUUUGACCUUGGCGCCCAAAAUUUCCUGCGACGAUUUGAAAUGACCCAAUACUCUUUUCAACAAUCGAUGCAUCACUUCACAACCACCACUUCCUCUCCACUAAACUCCCAGCUGAAGGAUUUGGAAACUCUCGUCAACGAAUCCCUAACACGUCGUGUGCGAGCUACCGCUGAUGAUGCUGAGAAUCUAUGUGUUCAACUAAAUACCACGAGUACGCUGGCUGUGAAAUCACUGACCGAUGCCCUCGAUAGAGGUGUUCGCAAGCGUCGCCGCCGACUGCGCUGGGUACGACGUGCUGGUUUCGUCGUACUUGAAUGGGCUCUUGUCGGUAUGCUGUGGUGGGUCUGGCUUAUUGUUAUGGGCUUUAAGCUGGUGCGCGGUGUCUUUCGAGGGGCCAUUUCCGGUGCGCGAUGGGUCCUUUGGCUCUAA